AUGCUCACGUUAUUCUUCUUAGAGCCCCGGACCCAAGAGGCCCAAGGAGCUGGAGGUGACCUUGAGGCAGCAAGACCCCAGAGGAAGGGCGUGAGCCCCACAGACGACUGUGUGGCACCCCAGGCUGGGCUCCUGUUAGGAGGGGGUGCCUGUGCCCAGGCAGCGGCUCAGAGGCAGCUGCUCCAUGAGGAACUGAAGCUGGUCCUGCAGCAGAAGGGAGAGAGGAAGCAGGAGCCCGGGGCCCAGGUGCCUCCCAGCAGCGCCAUGGAGGUCAGGAGCCGGAGUGCUGAGGUGAGCGCCCACACAUCCUCCAAGGGGGACUCGUGGAGCCCGACGCGAUGGCGGGCUCUGGGCGAGGUCUGGCCCUGGCACUCCGUGGCGACUUCUCGCCGCCCUCCGCAGGAGCUGAGGCGGGCGGAGUUGGUGGAGAUCAUCGUGGAGACGGAGGCGCAGACUGGGGUCAGCGGCAUCAACGUAGCUGGCGGCGGGAAGGAAGGGAUCUACAUCCGCGAGCUGCGCGAGGACUCUCCGGCAGCUCGGAGCCUCAGCCUGCAGGAAGGGGACCAGCUGCUGAGCGCCCGCGUGUUCUUUGAGAACUUCAAGUACGAGGACGCACUACGCCUGCUGCAAUGCGCCGAGCCUUACAAGGUCUCCUUCUGCCUGAAGCGCACUGUGCCCACCGGAGACCUGGCACUGCGGCCCGGAACCGUGUCUGGCUACGAGAUCAAGGGCCCGCGGGCCAAGGUGGCCAAGCUGAACAUCCAGAGUCUGUCCCCUGUGAAGAAGAAGAAGAUGGUGGUGCCUGGGGCCCUGGGGGCCCCUGCAGACCUGGCCCCCGUUGACGUCGAAUUCUCCUUCCCCAAGUUCUCCCGUCUGCGUCGGGGUCUCAAAGUCGAGGCUGUCAAGGGUCCUGUCCCAGCCGCCCCCACCCGCCGGCGCCUCCAGCUGCCUCGGCUGCGAGUCCGAGAAGUAGCCGAAGAGGCCCAGGUAGCCCGGCUGGCCGCUGCCGCCCCUCCCCCCAGGAAGGCCAAAGUGGAGGCCGAGGUGGCAGCAGGAGCCCGUUUUACGGCCCCCCAGGUGGAGCUGGUUGGACCCCGGCUGCCAGGUGCCGAGGUGGGUGUCCCCCAGGUCCCAGCCCCUGCAGCGGAAGCGGCCACUGGCUUUGCCCUCCACCUGCCAACCUUUGGACUAGGAACCCCGGCGGCACCUGCUGUGGAGCCUGCAGCCGUAGGGAUCCAGGUCCCCCAAGUGGAGCUGCCCACCCUGCCCUCACUACCCACUCUGCCCACACUGCCCUGCCUAGAGACCCGGGAAGGGGCCGUGGCAGUGACGGUGCCCACCCUGGAUGUGGCGGCGCCUACCGUGGGGUUGGAUCUGGCCUUGCCGGGCGCGGAGGUGGAGGCUCGAGAAGAGGCACCUGAGGUGGCCCUGAAGAUGCCCCGUCUCAGUUUCCCCCGCUUUGGGGCUCGAGCAAAGGAAGUAGCUGAGGCCAAGGUGGCUAAGGGCAGCCCCGAGGCCCGGGUGAAGGGACCCAGACUUCGAAUGCCCACCUUCGGGCUUUCUCUCUUGGAGCCCCGGCCUGCUGCCCCUGAAGCUGCUGCUGAGAGCAAGCUGAAGCUGCCCACCAUCAAGAUGCCCUCCUUCGGCAUCGGAGUCUCGGCGCCUGAGGUCAAGGUACCCAAGGCCCUAGAGGUCAAGGUGCCCAAGGCCCCUGAGGUCAAGCUCCCGAAAGUGCCCGAGGCAGCCAUUCCAGAAAUGCACCUCCGAGAAGUGGGGCUCCCAAAAGUGUCAGAGAUAAAACUCCCAAAGGUGCCAGAGAUGGCCAUGCCCGAGGUGCGGCUCCCAGAGGUGCAGCUGCCCAAAGUCUCCGAGAUGAAGCUCCCUGAAAUGAAACUUCCAAAGGUGCCCGAGAUGAAGCUCCCUGGGACGAAGGUCUCAAAGGUGCCUGAGAUGAAAGUCCCGAAGGUGCCCGAGAUGGCCGUGCCCGAGAUGCACCUGCCGCAGGUGCAGCUGCCGAAGGUGUCAGAGAUGAAGCUCCCGAAGGUGCCCGAGAUGGCCGUGCCCGAGGUGCACCUCCCAGAAGUGCAGCUGCCGAAGGUGCCAGAGAUGAAGCUCCCGAAGGUGCCCGAGAUGGCCGUGCCUGAGAUGCACCUGCCACAGGUGCAGCUGCCGAAGGUCUCAGAGAUGAAGCUACCGGAAAUGAAACUCCCGAAGGUGCCCGAGAUGGCCGUGCCCGAGGUGCACCUCCCGGAAGUGCAGCUGCCGAAAGCGUCAGAGAUGAAGCUCCCGAAGGUGCCCGAGAUGGCUGUGCCCGAGGUGCACCUUCCGGAAGUGCAGCUGCCAAAGGUGUCAGAGAUGAAGCUCCCGAAGGUGCCCGAGAUGGCCGUGCCCGAGGUGCACCUGCCACAGGUGCAGCUGCCGAAGGUGUCAGAGAUGAAGCUCCCGAAGGUGCCCGAGAUGGCCGUGCCCGAGGUGCACCUGCCGCAGGUGGAGCUGCCGAAGGUGUCAGAGAUGCAGCUGCCAGAAAUACAGGUGCCAAAAGUCCCAGAUGUGCAGCUUCCGAAGGCACCUGAGGUGAAGCUGCUCAAGGCACCUGAGGUGCAGCUAAAAGCUGCCAGGGCGGAGAAGGCAGAGGGGGUGGAAUUUGGCUUUAAGAUGCCCAAGCUAGGGAGGGCAGGGUCCCCGUCACGAGGCAAGCCGGGCGAGGCAGGGGCUGAGGUCUCAGGGAAGCUGAUGGCACUUCCCUUUCUGCAGCCAGAGGUGGACAGCGAGGCUCGUGUGGGUGUCCCCUCUUUCACACUGCCUUCAGUGGAACUAGACCUGCCAAGGGCACUCAGCCUGGAGGGGCAGGUCCCAGCGGCCGAAGUGGGCAGGGCGGAGCGAGCAGAGGGCAAGGUGGCAGCAGGGGUGGGGGAGGUGGCCUUCCGGUUGCCCUCUGUUGAGAUCGCCGCUCCACAGCUGCCCACAGUGGAAGUUGAGGAAGGACAGAUAGAGGUGAUGGAGAUGAAAGUCAAACCCUCCUCAAAGUUCUCCCUGCCCAAGUUUGGACUCUCAGGGCCAAAGGUGGCCAAGGCAGAGGCUGAGGGGGCUGGACGGGCCACCAAGCUGAAGGUGUCCAAAUUCGCCAUCUCACUCCCCAAGGCUCGAGUGGGGACAGAGGCUGAAGCCAAAGGGGCAGCGGAGGCAGGCCUGCUGCCCGCCCUCGAUCUGUCCAUCCCGCAGCUCAGCCUAGAUGCCCAUCUGCCCACAGGCAAGGUGGAGGUGGCAGGGGCCGAUGUCAAGCUCAAGGGGCCCAGGUUCACCCUGCCCAAGUUUGGGGUUAGAGGUCGGGACACCGAGGCGGCAGAACUAGUGACGGGGGUCGGGGAAUUGGAAGGCAAGGGCUGGGGUUGGGACGGGAGGGUGAAGAUGCCCAAACUGAAGAUGCCCUCCUUUGGGCUGGCUCGGGGGAAAGAAGUAGAAAUCCAGGAUGGGCGCGUUAGCCCAGGGGAAAAGCCAGAGUUUCUGGCUGGACAGCUUAAGAUUCCUGAGGUGGAGCUGGUCACGCUGGGGGCCCAGGAGGAAGUGGGGGCAGAGGGAGGUGUGGCUGUCAGUGGAGCACGGCUGUCAGGCCUGCAGGUGUCUACGACCAGGCAGGCGGGCACUGAGGACCGGGAGGGGGCGCUGAGGAUGCCCCUGGGCAUCUCUCUGCCCCAGGUGGAGCUCACCGGCUUUGGGGAGGCCGGCCUGGCUGCCACCUCGGGGCGGCAGGCCGAGAGUGCAGUCCCUUCAGCUGAGGGCACAGCAGGCUACAAGGUCCAUGUGCCUCAGGUGACCUUGUCUCUGCCCGGAGCCCAGGUGGCUGGCGGUGAGCUAUUGGUGGGUGAGGGCGUCUUCAAGAUGCCCGCUGUGACAGUGCCCCAGCUUGAGCUGGACGUGGGACUGAGCCGAGAGGCGCAGGUAGGUGAGGCAGCCACAGGCGAGAGUGGGCUGAGGCUGAAGAUGCCCACACUGGGGGCCGGAGCCGGGGCCAAGGGUGAGGGUCCUGGGGACCAGCCCCCCGGGGCCGAGCGCACCUUCCACCUCUCGCUGCCCGAUGUGGAGCUCUCCCCACCUGCCGUGGGUAGCCACGCUGAGUACCAGGUGGUAGAGGGCGGCGGGGACGCUGGACAUAAGCUCAAGGUGCGGCUGCCCCGCUUCGGCCUGGUGCGGGCCAAGGAGUGGGCGGAGGAGGGCGACAAGGCCAAGAGCCCAAAACUCAGGCUGCCCCGCGUGGGCUUCAGCCAGAGUGAGACCGGCACUGGGGAAGGCUCCCCUGGCCUGGAGGACGAGGAGGACCAGGAGGGCGGUGGGGAGGGGGCCUCUGGGCGCCGAGGCCGCCUCCGAGUCCACUUGCCCCGUGUAGGGCUGGCGACCUCUUCUAAGGCCACUCGGGACCAGGAGGGGGAGGCGGCCUCCAAGUCCCCUGGCGGGGAGAAGUCGCCCAAGUUCCGCUUCCCUAGGGUGUCCCUAAGCCCCAAGACCCGGAGUGGGAGCAGGGACCGGGAGGAGGGGGGGUUCCGGGUCCGGCUGCCCAGUGUGGGGUUUUCGGAGACGGGGGCUCCAGGCCCCGGCAGGAUGGAGGGGGCUCAGGCUGCAGUCAUCUGAAGGCCCUGGGCGGAGGGAGGCUCCCCUUUUAUCUUCCCGUCCCGCCCCCUUGUUUCGUGUGUGAGAUAACCAACACUAACCCUCAGGGGGCCGGGGCCGGGAAGUGGGUGACUGACAGGCCAGGGCUGGAGGGCCUCCUGCCUGGCUCGUUGGCAGGAGUGCCUGUAUCUUGCCAAGCCAUGUAAAUAAAUAAUC